AUGGCACCACGAGUCAUUGUAGUCGGCGGUGGAUUAUCUGGUCUCAGCGCCGCACAUACAAUCUAUCUAGCUGGGGGCAACGUCUUGCUUCUCGACAAGAACAAUUUCUUCGGCGGCAACUCUACAAAGGCUACUUCUGGCAUCAACGGCGCAUUGACACGCACACAGACCGACGAAAAGAUUGCAGAUAGCGUAAAGCAAUUCUACGAUGAUACCCUCAAAUCUGCGAGAGACAAAGCCCGCCCAGACCUCAUCAAAGUUCUUACAUACAAAUCCUCCGCAGCUGUUGAGUGGCUACAGGAUGUCUUCAACCUCGACUUGACACUUGUAUCGCGUUUAGGCGGACACUCCCAGCCUCGAACGCACCGCGGUCAUGACGCUAAAUUCCCAGGGAUGGCAAUCACAUACGCUCUCAUGCAGCGCCUUGAGGAGCUAGUGGAAAGUGACCCUGAGAGAGUACAAAUCAUCAAGAAGGCUCGAGUGACAAGAAUGAAUAAAGACGGCCACAAAGUCACGGGCGUUACUUAUGACUUUGGUGGCGAGGAAAGUUCAGUGGAUGGAGUGGUGGUAUUAGCUACCGGAGGCUACGCUGCAGAUUUUGGCGAUAGCUCCCUAUUGAAGAAGCACAGACCAGACACCUUUGAUCUUGCAAGCACAAACGGCACGCACGCGACAGGCGAUGGAUUGAAAAUGCUGAUGGAGAUUGGUGGCAACGGCAUUGACCUGGACAAAGUCCAAGUACAUCCAACAGGUCUAGUAGAUCCCAAAGAUCCAGGGUCGAAGUGGAAGUUUUUGGCUGCAGAAGCACUUCGAGGCGAAGGUGGUCUUCUCCUCAAUGGCUCGGGCGAACGGUUCUCCGACGAACUUGGCCACAGAGACUACGUAUCAGGCGAGAUGUGGAAGCAAAAGGAGGCGAAGAAAUGGCCAAUACGGCUCGUCCUUAACUCAAAAGCGAGCAAUGUCCUAGAUUUCCACACCCGGCACUAUUCUGGCCGUGGCCUGAUGAAGAAAAUGUCCGGCAAGCAACUUGCCAAAGAAAUUGGCUGCUCGGAAGACGCCCUGCAGAAGACAUUCACCGACUACAAUGCCAUCGCCGAAGGCAAACAGAAAGAUCCUUACGGCAAGAAAUAUUUCCACAAUCUCCCCUUCGACAUUAGCGACACCUUCCACGUCGCCCAGAUGGAACCAGUCCUGCACUUUACCAUGGGCGGCAUCGAAAUCAACGACAAAGCCCAAGUCCUCAACAGCGCCGACGACAACAAACCAUUCGAAGGCCUCUACGCCUGCGGUGAACUCGCAGGUGGUGUCCACGGCGCCAACCGUCUGGGUGGCUCUUCCCUCCUCGGAUGCGUCGUUUACGGUCGUGUCGCAGGCGAGAGUGCAAGCCAAUACUUAUUCCAGAAGGUGAUCACCGGCGGCAUCCCCACAGCUUCACAGCGUCUUGGACAGAUAAGCCUGCACAUCGACCCCGCCACACCAGGCAAGAUCUCCGUUGAGUGGGCCGACUCUGCUACCUCAUCCAACACAUCGUCCCUCCCAGCGGCAGGUGGUAGAAAGCAAGAACAGCAAGCACAAGGCUCGGCUGGGCCAGUAAUGAAAGGCGGCAAUGCUGACAGCAGUGAUCCUGGCAAAGUUAGCAAGCCCACCGACCCCGUUGAGUUCAAGGUUCCUGAGAAGGAAUUCUCAAUGGACGAAAUCGCGAAACAUAAUAAGAAAGACGAUCUCUGGAUCGCGGUCAAGGGUGUUGUACUCGAUGUGACGAAUUGGCUAGACGAGCACCCGGGUGGACCGCAGGCGCUGUUCAGUCACAUGGGCAAGGAUGCUAGUGAGGAAUUCGAGAUGUUGCAUGAUGAUGAGGUUAUCCCGAAGUAUGCAGCUAACAUUGUGAUUGGACGAGUGGCGGGGCAAGAGCCGAGUUUGCAGAUAUGA